AUGGCUACAGAGGAGAAGGUUGUUGGGGAUUCCGUCGUGUCUCCUCCUACUCCUCCUGUGGAUGAUGGAGCGGGAAAGAGACGUCUUGGUUGGAAGCAGAUGAAUGGGAAUGGUAGGAAGAGUGGUACUCCCAGCGAGAAAGAUUCGGGGGUUGAGGAAGGGUUGGAGAAGAGGCCUCCGAGGUGGAAUAUGGGCAUACUCAAUGAUCGCCAAACUGAAGAGGUCCCCGGCUCCAUUCUGCUGCUCUCCAAGGUCUCCGAAUACAACGAACCUCUGGGUAUGCGUAAUGCACCCGGUCGUACCUCCGCCUCCUCCUUCGCAUACCCCUACUCUCAAUCUCGAUCGAGCUCACGGAGUCGGAGCAGAAACCCACCAAAACCAGUUAAAGAGGAGAAGAAGCUCACCGCAGACGGGAAGAUCGUCUUGGAACCACAGCCAGAUGACAGUCUGAACGAUCCACUCAACUGGAAGGUCUGGCGUCGAGAUGUCGCGUUGCUGUCUCUUGGCUUCUACUGCAUGGUGGGCGGUGGUAUGACCCCCAUCUUAGCGGCUGGCUUCGAUGAUAUUGCAGAGGAAUAUGACAUCUCUGWGCCACGCGUGGCUCUUACAACCGGACUAUACAUGAUGGGUCUUGGGCUGGGAAGCGUGGUGCUGAGUCCCACUGCCAUUCUCUUUGGCAAGAGACCUGUCUACCUGGUUGCGGCUUUCUGCUUCAUUCUGUCGUCGGUCUGGUGUGCAUUGUCUCCCAACUUUGCCAGUCUGGUGGUGGCCAGAAUCUUCCAAGGAUUCGCUGUCAGUUCUGUGGAAUGUCUUCCAUCUGCUACGGUUGCAGAGAUCUACUUUUUGCAUGAAAAGGCAUACAGAUUGGGUAUCUAUACCUUGCUGCUGCUUGGUGGGAAGAACUUGGUCCCUCUGGUUUCAGCCGCUGUUAUCCAGAGUCUUGGUUGGCGAUGGGUAUUCUGGGUUGUUGCCAUAGUCGUUGGAUUUGGAUUCGUCCUGUUGUUCUUCUUCGUGCCAGAGACCUUCUGGGACCGAACUCCCGUUCGAUACAACCCAAAGCGCCCCCGUUCCAGUCGCCUGGGACAGGUCUGGAAGUCGAUCUCCGGACCCUCAAGCCCGGUUGUAGAAAGGAAGCCAGUUCCCAGCUCGGCCGAGAACCCGACUGACGAAACCAUCACCGCGAACCCAAAAAGUGCUGGCAAACACAUUCAUUUCCAAGCAGACACUCCAGAGGAUGAAAAGGACGACAACGACAACGACUCCGAUCGUACUGACGACGCUGAUGCGAUCAAACCAACACCGGUGGAAGAAGCACUCAAGGAAGAGCCCGUCCACGUUGAGAACAAACCCGCAGGCUACUUCGGCAUCGAGGCCAACUCUUCAGCGCUGGAAGCCCAAAUGCCUGAAAUGCUCCCCAUCUCAAGAGUACCCACUGACCUCAGCGAUCACUCCCAUCAUUACGACCCACGAAAUGCAUACACCAAAGACCGCAUAGCACUUCCCCCGAAAAGCUUUGUACAGCAGCUCCGUCCAUGGUCCGGCCGGCUUCGAGAUGACAGUUGGAUCCGCGUUGCAAUCCGACCCUUCAUUCUCUUCGCAUAUCCCAGCAUUCUUUGGAGUUCCUUGGUGUAUGCCUUAUCCAUCGGCUGGCUCAUCGUCCUCUCCGAAUCCGUCUCUCACAUUUACAUUUCCAGGGAAACCUACAACUUCACCCCUCUCCAAGCCGGACUGGUCUACAUUUCGCCCUUUGUAGGCGGUAUCCUCGGCACAGCCGUCGCCGGAAAGGUCUCCGAUCUCAUCGUCCGGUAUCUCUCCCGUCGCAACGGCGGCGUCUACGAGCCAGAAUUCCGCCUCAUCAUGGCCAUCCCAAUCACAAUCUCCACGACAAUCGGAUUAAUGGGCUACGGCUGGUCAGCACAAGAACGCAACGCCUGGAUCGUUCCGACCGUGUUCUUCGGAGUCAUAUCUUUCGGUUGCUCAUUGGGAAGCACCACAGCGAUUACCUUUGCCGUGGAUAGCUAUCGACAAUACGCCGGCGAGGCGCUCGUCACGUUGAAUUUCUCCAAGAACAUUCUGCAUGGAUUGGUGUUUAGUUUGUUUUUCAAUCAUUGGUUGGAAGCCGAGGGGAGUAAAGAUGUGUUUAUUGCUAUUGGAGGUAUUCAGUUGGGGUUCAUGUUGACGACGAUUCCGAUGUAUAUCUAUGGGAAGAGGGCGAGGAUGUGGACUGUGAGGAUGAAUCUUAUGGAGAAGUUUUGA